AUGUCGCGGCUCUAUCAGACCAGCAAUGCUGGGAAAUCCCGUGAAAUUCUGCCGAAACUGAAGGGAACAGAAAACUGGCAUGAGUGGCUGGAGGAACUGCGAACUGUUGUCGAACCUCUCGGUAAUGAUCUCCUCGAGAUCAUGCAGGGAGAGAUAACGGAACCAAAUGACGGUCUCUAUCUCGUUCCACCCUCUGAAGCAGACGUCUGCAAGAUCAUUGCGGAUCGCAAAUCAAUCAAGGCCGUCGAUCCGAAGACAGAGUUGGUUGCAGCCACUAAACGGAUACUACCCGAGUCUAUCUCCGAAGCAGAAAUUGCACGCUACCUCGAAUAUCACUUUGAACGACCAAACGAUCGUCUAAAGCAAUGGAAGAUUAAUAAUGCCGAUGCAUACAGCAUCAUCUCUCAUUCCUGUACUGCGGACACUAAGAUGUUUAUCGCCGGCACUCGCUCUGCGGCUGAAGCUUUGGAGAUCCUUAAAGCACGCUACGGACAGCUAAAUCAGAAUGAGUUCAACCGAGUCUUCCAGACGUUCGCUACAAUGGAAUUCCGCCAAGGUAGCGAUCCAGUCGAGUUUGUGGUAGCAUGGCGUGCUGCUCUCAACAGACUCUUUGCUGCCGACAAGGAAUAUCGCUUUGGACGCAUCAUCCAAUAUGGCCAUUUCAUGGUGGCAGUACGUAAUAAUCCCGAUUGCUACUUAUGGGAACAGCUUAAUCCGCAAUUCGACCAUACAAGAGAUGAUCUUAUGCCCACUGUCUUCAGGUCCUUCUUGAAUUACAUGGCACUCCAGCAGCGCAAAGCGACAAACGCAUAG